GGAACGCAAUACCACGGGCAGUGAGUAUUGUCUCUCCGAAGACGAUGAUCCUUACACGGGCUUCGCUACUAUGACUCCAUACAGGAUCGCCUCCACGCCCAUGAAGGCGGACGAUGUUAUUCCGGCAGGAUGCAAGCCAGUGCAGAUAUGGCACCUGGUUCGCCACGGAAGCCACGGUGCUCACAGGAACGACUACAUAAAGUUUGAAGAUCAGUUGCCACUUCUUCGGAGAAAGAUCUUCCGAGCUCGCGUGCAUUGGAAGGGGAAACUUUGUGACAAAGACCUGGCAUUGAUUAAGCUCUGGAAAGUGUCUCAGAUGAUAAACAAGGCAGGUACUCUCUCUGAGGAAGGCGCGGAAGAAAUUGCCGGUUUAGCUUUCCGGUUCAAGUCCGUGUUCCCAGGUCUUCUGAAAAAAAAAUUCUCAGCUAAGCUACAUCCCGGAGCUGGUAAUAAGAUUGCCUUCAGUACCGGCCGCCAGAACCAGCAGAGCGCCGUCGCCUAUGUUUCUAGAAUGUACGACCUCUACGCGCGCUUCGUUCCCGUGGGCUCAACGGCCUCGAAGGAGUUGCAGUUCUUCGACUACUGUAAAAACUACAUUGAAGGUGUAUUGAACAUGGACAAAAAGUUGAAGCCGUACCACAACUUCAUGUCAGGGGCCAUCAUGAAUUCUGUUCUUGAAAGUGUGUCCGAGCGUCUUGGAUUUCCGGUAACCGUGGCCGAUGUUCGUGUGAUGUACAACGCAUGCCGGUACUACUAUGCGUGGUACAGAAAUAAAGUGUCGCCCUGGUGCAUUGUCUUCACCCCGAAGAAUCUCGAGGCACUAGAAUACUGGGAAGACCUCAGGGUGUAUCACGACCAAGGCCACCGCUUCGAGAUCAGCUCAAAGCAAGCCUGCGUUCUUGGCAAAGACCUGAUGGAUCAGUUCCGAAAUCGAGCGGAAAGCGGCAGUACGGAACUCUACGCUGCCUCGUAUUUCGUCAAUCCGGAAGCUUUGGUAACGUUCAUUACGUUACUGGGCCUGUUCAAUGAUGAGGUGCCCAUGAACGAGUAUUACAUCCCCAAGACCCGCAUGUGGAAAACAUCCCAGUUUGCUGGUUUCGGUAGCAACUUGGCCAUCUUGCUCUCUUCCUGUGCUGACGAUAGCUUUUGGGUGAGCGCUCUCCUGAACGAGAAACCAAUACAGCUACCGGGAUGUGACAGCACCCUGGGUUGCCCUUGGAACAACUUCACUCAAUACUACGCCUAUCUGAGUGACUGCAACUUCGAUGAGCUUUGUGGAAGAUUUUCGGAUCUGUUGACACAGAGUCGCCACUGGUAUGCUCACUACAUGAAUAAACAAUGGAUGUAGGGAACUCAGCAGAUGAAUGCAGUUUUUAUUUUCAUCGUCCUGUCAGAUCAGAAAUGCAUCAUUUAUUUAUUUAGUCUUACGUUUUCAUUUAUUUCAAGAGAAAGGAUUUAAGAAGAAUUUUAGAGGAAAUUUACAUAUUGUUUGUAAACUUAUCGGAUGUAUUAAAAACAGGUGGUAUGAUUUCAGUUCGACAUUACAGGAAACUAAGUUCACUGGCCUUUUAUUCAAUCAUUUAACUCUUAAAAGUAACAAUGGUACCUAUAACACGUAAACAGUA